AUGAUACCAGAAUUUUCUUUAUCCAACAUAGGUGAGACAACUUUUAUUAAUAAUGUCCCACAUGCAUUUUAUCGUGCUUUACAGACAGAUUUACCAUUAUUAAUAAUUAUUCAAAAUCAAGAAAAUGAUGAUGAUAGUAAUCAUGUUGUAUCAAGGAAAGAUUUAACAAUAUUUAAAGAUAAAUUAAUUAUGAUGUGCUUAUAUUAUGGCACUACAGAAUUGGAUAAUUUUAAAAGAUUGUUUCCUAAUACUAUUAUUUCUCAGAAUAAUGACAGUUAUAUUAUACUUAUGAAAGGAUCUAAUGUUUUAAAUAAUUGGGAUUUGACCCAAUAUUCGUGGCCAACAAUUAAGAAUGAUUUGAAAAAAAAAUUCAAUAUUAUCAAUGAGUCUAUAUCUGUAAAAUUUUCCAAAACUCAGAACUUUCAAUUAACUUAUCGUGAAAAAGAACUAAAUAGAAUAAAAUAUUUAAUAAAUCAGGAUAAAUUAGAAAGACAAUGUGAAAAUUUUUUAGAGCCUAAUAAUCAUAAUGUAAUUAAUAUUAAAAAGUCAAAUAGUAAUUAUGAUAUCACUGAUAAUGAAAAUGCAAAGUGUAAACUUCGUAUUAAACUUAAUGAUGCCUCAACUAUUGAACAUACUUUUAAUUCAUGUACUGAUAGUUUAUUAACUGUUAAAAAAUAUAUCGAAAUUGUUACUGGGAAAAGAAUUCCCUCAGAUUUCGCAUUUCAUCAUGUAUUACCAAAGAGAAGAUUUUCUGAUCAAGAAGAAUUACAAUCUUUGAAUUCACUAAAUUUAAAACCAAAUUCGGCUCUUUUUUUGUUUAAAAAUAAAGAAUAUAUUAGAGAAUUAAGAAGAAGUAGAGACGCUUCUCAGGAUUUUAAAUAUAUUAACAUUUGUAUUAACAAGAUUAAACAAUUACUACAAUUUAUGCAUCUCAGAAAAAAAGAAACUACAAUUGGCACGUUCUCUAGUACUAUAAAUUCAAAAUACUUCAUAAGAAAAAAUAUAAGACCUGCGCCUUCUUACCCAUUUAAUGAUCAUUUACCUUAA